CGAGGCCAUUGGCUGGCGCGCGGGCUGCGCAGGGGCGGGCGCGCCGCCGAAGGGGACUGUUUGCUCCUACGGGCUGUAGAUGGAGCUGUCCGGCCCCUGCGAGGGGGACGGCGCCUGGAAAGCGUUCUUCUUCUCCCUGGCCGGCCCGAGCGGGGAACAGCACUCCCAGGAUGCAGUUUGUGUCAACACGGCCGCAGCCUCAGCAGCUGGGCAUCCAGGGCCUGGGGCUGGACAGCGGGAGCUGGAGCUGGGCCCAGGCUCUGCCCCCGGAGGAGGUCUGCCACCAGGAGCCGGCGCUGCGCGGGGAAAUGGCCGAGGCAAGUGGGCCGUGCUGGGGACGCUGCUGCAGGAGUACGGGCUGCUGCAGAGGCGGCUGGAGAACCUGGAGAACCUGCUGCGCAACAGGAACUUCUGGGUGCUGCGGCUGCCCCCAGGCAGCAAGGGGGAGGCCCCCAAGGUGCCCGUGACCUUUGAUGAUGUGGCCGUGUAUUUCUCCGAGCAGGAGUGGGGCCGGCUGGAGGACUGGCAGAAGGAGCUCUACAAGCACGUGAUGAGGGGCAACUACGAGACGCUGGUCUCGCUGGAUUAUGCCAUCUCCAAACCGGACAUCCUCACCCGGAUAGAGAGGGGAGAAGAGCCUUGUCCUGGAGACCUGUGGGGUCAGGAGAAGGGGGAUGAGGAAGACUCAGCACGUCCGAGGAAUCCAGGUGCUGGCCUCCCUUUACACCCGGAGCAUGCCCCCAGCCCAGUCAGCCCUGCCCAGGAGGAACCAGAAGAGGGGCCAGCCCCGGGACAACAGCAACGCUCAGAAGUGGGAGUGGCCACCAUGAGGCCAGGUGCCGGGCUGCAGGCCAGCACCAGCCUUCUGUCCCCGAUUAAACAGGAGGGGGCAUCUUCUGGUGAGGAGUCGUCGGCCUCCUCUCCCAGGGACACCCUGCCCAGCAUGGGGCCAGGCGGUGGUGUGGCCAUCAAGACAGAAGUACAGUCGGAGAAUGAGAUGGGGUCCCAGGCGCUCUUCCUGGGGGUGGCACCCAGCCCAGUGCGGUGUAGAAUCCCUAAAGGACCCAGGAACAGGCCCAGGGGCCGGCAUCAGGCUGAAGGUGUUCCCAGGGUGCGGGCUGGGGAGCCUGGGCCAGCUGGGGUAACGGGGGAGUCACUCCGCGUCCUCCCGCGCCGGCGGCAGCGGGCCUUCCCCUGCCCUGACUGUGGGCAGAGCUUCCGCCUGAAAAUCAACCUGACGAUCCACCAGCGGAGCCACGUGGAGGAGGAGCCCAGGGGGGCCCAGGGCAGCUCUCCCCCCGCGUCGGGGCAAGACUCCUCCACACUGGAGCCGGGAGAGGUGGUAGUGCCUGGGCCUGUCAUCCGCUGGCUGCCGGAGGAGCCCGCAGCUCCCCGCGCCCUGGCCGGCAGGGCCUUCAUGGGACGUCGCUCGGCAGACGCCAGGGUGUACCACUGCAGCGAGUGCCUGCGCUUCUUCCAGCAGCGCAAGAGCCUGCUGCUGCACCAGCGGCUGCACACGGGCAACAGCCAGGGCUGGCCCGCCUGUCCCUACUGCGGCAAGGCGUUCCGCAGACCCUCGGACCUCUUCCGUCACCAGCGCAUCCACACUGGCGAGCGGCCCUACCGCUGCCCACAGUGCGGCCGGGCCUUCAACCGCAACCACCACCUGGCUAUGCACAUGCAGACCCACUCGCGAGGCCAGGCGGGCCCACCCUGCCUUGGGCCCUCUGUGGGCCAGGGAAGCCCGCUGCUGCCCCGGCCUCGGCAUGGGGACGAGGGCUGACCUGGCAGGAGCCUGGGCUCCUCUGGCAGGACCUGCUUCCUGUCUGUGGGGCCUCUUCCCUGUGCCUGACAAAAUGCCUUUGCAGUUUUCAUUCCAAUGGGAAGCAGCAGCUGGUCGGACACCGUGUGUGAGGCCAGAUGCCUCCAGGACUGUUCCCUUGCUUUGUCACUCUGCUGCCUUUUCUGACCUGAUUUGUGAAGGACUCCAUAAGGGUGAAGGGUGCUACCUUUCAGUGGGAGCCUUUGGCAGGUCAGGUAGCUGAGAGAACUGGAGAUGGUGGCCCUUCCAGUGUGGGGGUGACAGACACUGGACCUGGGGUUUUGGUUUGGGGCACUGAGGUCUCUUGCUGGCUGCCCAGGGAGGAACAGCAGGGCUGGGCCUGAGGAAAGGCUCCGGGCAGCUGAGGUUUCUGCAUUUGUACUUAGAACUUGCUUUUUCUUUUCUUUCUUUUAUUUUUUAGACAGAAAUUUUUGCUAUAGGAUGUGUGCACUUGCCAGAGAGAUAGAGAGACAG